AGCGAGUGGCCGCCGUGAGCAGGACGGCUGAAGCGGAGCAGGCAGCAGGAUUCCCCGGAGCCACAAGCAACACGUAACAGAGCCCCAGGUGAGGAGGGGGCUGGAGGAGAGCAGCGGGCAGCCGUAGGCUUUCAGUAUACACAGGCAGCUCCCCCAAAAUAAAGAAAAAGAGGAUAUCUAUUUUAACGCCUGCCGCGCUUCAAAAAACCCGCCGAAAGCCCGUGGAACAUGCAGCGAGAUCGCUGCAGGAUCCCGUGGUAGAUUCGCAAGAUGCUCAUCCGCCUGCGCUAUGGAAGACGUCUGCAGACCUAUCUGAAGAUAGGUGCCUGUGUCCUGGUGGGCCUGUGCUACUUCGCCUUCCUCUUCCGCGAGUCCCUGAAUGCCUACGAGCACCGGGAAAGGGUGACGGCCGCGGAGUUGGAGGCGGAAUCGGAACCCUCAAAGCAGCAGCUCAAACUCAAGCGACAGCAGUUGCAGCGCCAGAGGAUCUUGGCCAAGCAACAGGAGCAGGGAAAGGCCACCACUGGGGGCAAUGCCAGUGCAGGGAGCUCAUCCCCGCUGGCUGCAGCUCCUCCUCCGCCGGCCAGCACCCUGAAUCCCGUCUACGAGUACUCCGAGGAGCUGCACAGCCGAACGGAGCGGGAGUUGCAAAGGAGGAGUGAACACCUGGCCGCCGUCUGCGAUCGCUAUAAGCUGCAGGAAAAGUACCCACCGAAUCCCUGGGAGUUCUUCGUCUCACCUGGCCACAACAAUCUCGUCUGGUGCAACGUCUUCAAGGCAGCUAGCAGUACAUGGAUGUAUUAUUUUAAUAUACUGGCUGGCUACGAUGUGAAGUACCUCCAGCGGACGGAGACGCAACCACUGGAGCUGGCGAGAAAGCGCUUCCCCCGCCCGGAACUCGGUGAACUGAUGGAACUCCUCCCCAGUGCGCUGUCCUUCCUCUUUGUGCGCGAUCCUUUCGAGCGGAUCCUGAGUGCCUAUCGGAACAAGCUGGAGGGCAACAAGAACACCUUCUACAAGGCCCUGGGCACCAAGAUCGUGCAUCGCUACAGGAAGCGCAGUCUGGGCGGACCCUGGCCGAGAUGUGGACCCACCUUCGAGGAGUUUGUGCGCUUCCUGAUCGCCGAGCAUGCGGCGGGCAAGAGAUUCGAUGAGCACUGGGCUCCCGUCUACAGCUUCUGCACUCCCUGCAGUGUCAACUUCACCAUAAUCGGAAAGACGGAGACGUUCCAGAGGGAUUCGGAGUUCAUAAUCCGGCAGGCGGGCCUGGAAUCCCUGCUCCUGGGAUUGGGAAAGCUGCCGCAGCGAAAGCAGCGCAAGAUUGGCAACCAGGCGCGAAGUGGGGUUAAAUCGGAGGCCCUGGUCGAGCGAUACUUCGCCGAUCUCGACCGCUCAACGUUGGACCAAUUGCUCAAGAUAUAUCGCAUCGAUUUCGAGCUCUUUGACUACGACUACCGCAGGUACUACGACAUGGUGCAUCCGUGGAGCAUGGAGCAGAGCACAUCCGCAUCCGGAGUGCCAGCCGUGGGAUCCACCAGUACCACACCUUCUCUAACCCUGGGUGGCCAUUCCACCCAGGGUCAGGCGACGUAGGGUCAACCAGUUCGGCAUCGAUGAGUCGUGAAACAAUCUUAUCAUGUACCUUUUUACACGAAAACUCAAACCACAGACAAA